CGAGAACAAGACACCCAACCACCUACACCGGGGCAUAGAAGACACCUGCAGCAGUGCCCAUGAAAUCUGCAGGCGUGGCCCCCUCUUUACUUAGCCUCCUCUCUCUAUUCCUGCUCCUUGCAGGGCUUGUAGAGAUGGUGAAACACGAAGACUUCAAGACAUGCAGUCAAUCUUCAUUUUGUAGGCGCAACAAGGCCUUUGCUGAGAAGCAACAGUCAGGUCAUGCCUUAUCGCCUUAUACUCUGGAUGCAGCCAAAGUCACACUCAAAGCAGGUGUGCUUUCCGGCGUGGUCAUGAAGACACUGGUCAAGGGCGAUCCAAUUGCAUUACCGCUCAAGAUGACAUUCCUCAAGAGCGGUGUAGCGCGAUUUACACUGGAUGAGCAGCGUCGACGCGAUCUAGACAUUGUUCUGCCUAGUGGGAAGGAAGAACGGGUCAACAAAGCGCGAUACGAUCAGGCGGAGAAGCACACGAUUGUCGGUGGGCUCGAUGUCGAUACGAGUGUCACACAGAUGAACACGGCUGAGGGCGUUACGACUAUUCGAUAUGGACCUGUUGUUGGUUACAGUGUGCGUAUUCAGCAUGCUCCACUUAAAGUCUUCUUUCUCCGCGGCGAUGAAGUCCAGAUUGUCUUUAAUGACCGCGCACUGCUCAACAUGGAACACUGGCGUCCUCGCACAACACCCAAGGAAGCCGUUGAAGGUGAAGACGCCCCAUCCAACCUCGAUGACAAUGGUGAAGACCUGACAGGCAUGUGGGAGGAAGACUUCAAUGGUCGGCCAGACUCCAAGCCGCGUGGCCCCGAGUCGCUUGGUCUGGAUAUCACUUUUGUUGAGUAUGGUGACGUCUAUGGUAUCCCCGAACACACCGGCACCUUGUCCCUGAAAGAAACAACUGGCGGUCCUGAUGGAUUCUCCGAUCCUUACAGACUGUACAACACAGAUGUCUUCCAGUACGAGUAUGACAGUCCCAUGGCCUUGUAUGGAUCCAUUCCAUUCAUGCAAGCACACAAGUUAGGCUCGGACGUGGGCAUCUUUUGGCUCAAUGGCGCAGAAACGUGGAUUGACAUACAAAAAACCUCCAACAACCCGCUCAGCUUCUCAAAACAAUCACAGUCAACACAAACCCACUGGGUCUCAGAAGCAGGUCUCCUUGAUGUCUUUGUGUUUAUGGGUCCUACUGCACCUGCCCUGUACAAGAGCUUUGGUGAAUUGGUUGGAUUCACACGAUUACCGCCCAUGUUUGCCAUUGCCCACCAUCAGUGUCGAUGGAACUACGAGUCUGAAGUCGAUGUCCUCGAUGUCACUGCCAACUUUGACAAGCAUGAUAUCCCCUAUGAUGUGAUUUGGCUCGAUGUGGAGUAUACGGUCGGCAAACGCUACUUCACCUGGAACAAGGACUUCUUCCCCGAUCCUGUCAGAAUGAUGGAUAAACUGGAUGCAACCAAGCGUAAACUUGUUGCUAUUAUUGAUCCGCACAUCAAGGUCGACACUGAGUUCCCACUCUAUAAUGAGGCCAUCUCUGGCAAGCACGUCAUCAAGAAUGCAGAUGGCAAUCCCUACGAAGGCCAAUGCUGGCCUGGUCUCUCCGUCUGGCCAGACUUCACGAAACCAGAGACAUGUAGCUGGUGGGCCAAUUGGUUCCAGCCAAGCAAGUUUGAGGGAUCCAAGUCGAAUCUACAUGUUUGGAAUGAUAUGAAUGAGCCUGCCAUCUUUUCAGGGCCUGAUAUUUCCAUGCACAGGGAUUCAUUGCACCAAGACGGUUGGGAGCAUCGCGACUUGCACAACAUCUACGGGACAUUGAUGAUUAAGAGCACCUACGAAGGUCUCAAAACGCGUGACAAGGAAGAGCCAAAACGGCCCUUCAUCCUCUCUCGUUCAUUCUGGGCAGGUAUGCAACGCUGGGGCGCCGUUUGGACAGGCGACAAUAUGGGAACAUGGGAACAUCUUGAAUCAGCAACUGCCACCAACAUCAACAAUGGCAUUGCAGGUAUGACCUUCUCAGGCGCCGAUGUCGGUGGCUUCUUUGAUGAUCCUCCCAAAGACCUGUUGGCACGUUGGUAUCAAGCUGGUGCAUUCUACCCAUUCUUCAGGGCUCAUGCGCAUAUCGAUACGAAACGCAGAGAACCAUGGAUUGCUGGCGAGCCGUACACAAGUAUCAUUCGGAAAGCAAUCGUGUUGCGCUACAGUCUGCUGACGACGUGGUAUACGGCCUUCUAUGAAGCAAGCCAAACGGGUAUGCCGGUCUUGCGACCUCACUUCAUCGUCUUCCCAGACGACGCUGCUGGCUUUAAAGUGCAAGAUCAAUACUUUAUUGGAGACAGCGGAUUGCUGCAUCACCCAGUCGUCAAGAAGGAUGCCACAAGCAUCAGCUUGUACUUGGCAGAUGAUGAGCCUUACUAUUGCUACCAUACGUUUGAUGUGACACAAGGGAAAGGCCGGCAUACCAUUGAGGUGCCCGAUUUGACCUACAACCCAGUCUUUAUGCACGGCGGGCAUAUCAUUACACGACGAGACCGACAACGUCGGUCAAGCGAGUUGAUGCGCAAAGAUCCCGUUACACUGGUUGUCGCAUUCGACAAGCAAGGUCAUGCUGCUGGUUCGUUGUACUUGGAUGAUGGCGAGACAUUCAGGCAUGAGCAGGGUGAGUACAUUUUGCGACAAUUCACAGCUGCUGGCAACCGGGUUUCAUCAACAAACACGCACCAGCAACCGGACAAGGCGCGGCCUUAUGAAGACAGCAUUACGAGUGUACGUGUUGAAAAGGUGUUGUUGGUCGGAUACACUGGUGCUGCGACACGCGCCAAGGUCUCGCAAGGUGGGCGAGACUGGGAGGUAGAGGUGGAUGUGGUGAAGGAGCUGGGCAAAGGUCGCACAGUACUGGCCGUACGUGAUCCUGCCGUGCUCGUUUCGCAGGAUUGGCAGAUCGAGCUCAUCUAAACACUCAUCAGAGGAUAGCGAUCAGGAUAGAUGUCAAAAGUCACGAUUGCUAUUCGCUAUAAAAGGAGAGUCAUUCGGUCGUCAUUGAUAGGCAUGAAAAUUGCUCGCUCACUUGAAGAGGUUGGACCAGGCGUCUCCGAUGGAAUCCUUGCGGAACAUGUCCUUUGCAGCGUCAGCCUGUGACUGCGAGCCACGUCGCUUCUUCUCGAGGCCGCUGAAGUAGGCACCCCCGCGACCAUCGUUGCCUGCACCGAAGCUGAGCUUGCGGCCAGAUUGAUUGGUGCCAGUAGGCACUCCUGAGUUUGCAGUUGGGCUAGACAUUUUUCUUGUAGUGAAGCUCU